CUGAAUAGGAAACUUUCAUUUACACAAUAGCCAGUCCAGUUUUUCUGAUCAGUAUUCCAAGUUGCAUCGAAAUCAGAAUUUCAUCUCGGUUGAAAUAAACCCAUUAUGAAGCCAUACACGCAUAUGCAAGGGUUAAAUGUUGCCGUUCUAGCAACUUACAAAACAGAAUCUGAGAAUCAACCAGGUACUGUGGAAAUCGAUUGUUCUAAAAUCGAAAGGUACGCCGAUUAUCUGAGCAGCAACGGAGCUCGCGGCGUAUUUGUUUGCGGGACGACGGGGGACUUCUCGGUGUUGAGUGUGGGGGAGCGACUGCGUAUACAGGAGGCAUGGCUGACCCCAUCAGUGACAAACAAAUUCGAACACGUCAUUGUUCACAUUGGCAGCCCCGUGUGGGAGGAUCUGGUGGCACUGGGAACACAUGCGACCGAGAGGGGGGCAAGUGCAGUGGCAGUCACCUUCCCCUCCUUCCCCCACCACUCACCCCAAACCCCUCAACACAUGCUGCAGUACUUGGUCAGAGUCAGCUACGCCCUCCCAAAUACACCCCUCAUGCUUUACAACAUUCAAGGUGCCACAAACCCACAGUUUUUCAACGAUCUACUCCCAAUUUUGAAAGAAGUUAAAGCUCAAAUUCCAAAUUUUGUUGGCGUCAAAUAUACUUCAACUAAUUUCAUCGACGCUUUCGAGAUUUUCACUCAACUGAAACUUGACGUUGGAAUUGGCAAUGAUGAAAAAAUAUUUGCAGCAUGCGCUUUGGGUUUCAAGCACUUUAUUUGUGCGACCGGGAAUUUAUUUUGUCAAAAACAUUGCGAGCUUCUGUCUCUGUUUUCGAGUGGAGAAAUAAAUGAAGCUCAAGAACUUGCAAGGCGAUUGUUUGAUGCUACCCGAAUGAUCUCAUCAGAAGGGUAUCUUAAGCUGACCUUGCGCACAGCUACCAAUAGGAUCAUGAAGCUCAAAUAUGGCUUGGAUCUCGGUCCCGUUAACUUCCCCUUUCUAGUACAGGAAGACUAUCAGCUGGCAGAAAAAUUGACCGAAUGCCUCUUCAAAGAGUUUGGAGACUUGUUAUAAAACUCAGACUGCUUUUCAAAAAGUCUUACCUGAUCUUCAAGUUUGAUGCUUGUUUGAAUUAUAUAAAAAGGCAGGUAAUAUUGAGUUGAUAAUUUAAAUAAAUUAAAAUAAAAGUGUAAGUUGCAUUUCGAUCAAAAAUAAUAAAAUGAAUAGUCAAUUUUG